AUGCUAAUGGAGAUGGGUCAGCAUCACGAAAUUCAGUGGAAAUGCAGUGUUGGGAGCAUAAGGCCUGGCUUCCCAUCACACCGCAGGGUACCAGGGGAAUGUGGGCAUGUUCCCGCAGUGCGGAAAGGGCACGGUGGCUUAAUUCAGGAGGAGCAGCUGCGCUUCUCAAAUGACAGCGAGGGAGAUAGAAGGGCACGCAGGCAGAGGAAAGGGCUCUGCCAAUCUUUCAGCGAAACGAAGCUCUUUCCCCAAACCCAGACGUCGUGGAUUUUGGAAGCAGAAGCGUUUGACAGUGAUGGCCUUGCCCUUGGGAGCGCUUUGAGCCUCAGUGGUGCCCAUGUGUCCAUAAAGCGAUGUUACCCCUUCCUCUGCCCUUUCCCUGCCAGCCCUCCCCUGGCGGUGCCGUCAGUCAGGUGCUGGUGCCGUGCCCCUGCCCUCGGCCAGCGCCGCAGGGGCAGCCACGCUGCUCACACCCUCUUGCCUGGGCGUUACUCUCGGGUGAGUCGGGGACGUUUGUUAAUGUGUGUCCAGGGAAUCAACAGGCUCCCUGAGAGGGGUCUGUUUGGUGUUCCAGAACUGAGCUGUCCAGAAGGGUUUCAAGAAGCACAGAACAAAGCAUUGCAAGAAUCAGAGGAGCUUGUCCAGAAGGCAUGUUCAACACCACCUGGGCCAGAGACUGUAAUGAUCUUUGAUCAGCUUUCAGAUAGCCUGUGCAGAGUAGCAGACUUGGCUGAUUUUGUAAAAGUUGCCCACCCUGACUUUGCAUUCAGAGAGGCUGCAGAGGAAGCUUGCAGGAACAUUGGUACCGUGGUAGAGAAAUUAAAUACAGAUGUUGAACUGUGUCAGAGUCUGAGACGUCUGCUAGCUGAUGAAACUGUAAUGAGUUCCUUAGAUCCAGAAACCAGGCGAGUGGCAGAACUUUUUAUGUUUGAUUUUGAGAUCAGUGGCAUUCAUUUGGAUGAAGAAAAGCGUAAAAAGGCAGUCGAUCUCAACGUCAGAAUAUUGGAUUUAUGUAACGAAUUUCUGAUAGGAACUCACAUUCCCAACAAGAUUGACAAACAUGUUUUGCCUGAGCAUAUUCGGUAUAAUUUUACUGCUGAAGGCAAUUACUUACGAGUUGCUGGUCUACAUGCUGAUUGUCCUGAUGAUCUGGUACGAGAAGCUGCUUACAAGAUUUUUCUCCACUCAAACUCUCAGCAGUUGGCUCGAUUGGAGGAAUUGCUUGUGAGCCGAAACAGCCUGGCACAGUUGGUUGGCUACGACACCUUUGCCCACAGGGCUCUUCAGGGAACAAUGGCCAAAAAUCCAGAAACAGUAAGACAAUUUCUGGAGAAGCUUUCUGAGCAGCUGUCUAAAAGAACUCAAAAAGACUUUGAAAUGAUGACAAAGAUGAAAACGAAGCUCAACCCCCACAAUUCAAUGCUGAUGCCGUGGGAUCACCCCUACUACAGUGGAGUCCUUCGUGCUGAGAGGUACAACAUUGAUCCUGGCUUGUACUGUCCAUUUUUCUCUCUUGGGGCAUGCAUGGAAGGUUUGAACUCUUUAUUCAGUCAGCUCCUAGGGAUCUCUCUCUAUGCUGAACAGACAAAGAGAGGAGAGAUUUGGUCUGAAGAUGUUCGAAAGUUGGCCGUUGUUCAUGAAACUGAAGGUUUGCUAGGAUACAUCUAUUGUGACUUCUUCCAGCGACCUGAUAAACCACAUCAGGACUGUCACUUUACAGUUCGAGGUGGCAGGCUAAAGGAGAAUGGAGAGUACCAGCUACCUGUAGUUGUUCUUAUGCUGAGCCUUCCCAAUUCAGCAAGGGGUGCACCAACACUACUAAGUCCUGGCAUGAUGGAGAAUCUCUUCCAUGAAAUGGGGCAUGCUAUGCAUUCUAUGCUGGGAAGAACUCGGUACCAACAUGUCACUGGAACGAGAUGUGCUACUGAUUUUGCUGAAGUUCCCUCAAUUCUGAUGGAGUACUUUGCAAAUGACUAUCGAGUGGUUAACCAGUUUGCAAGGCAUUAUAAAACAGGACAGCCGCUACCAAAAAACAUGGUGUCACGACUAUGUGAGUCCAAAAAGGUGUGUGCUGCAGCUGAUAUGCAACUACAGGUAUUUUAUGCUGUCUUAGACCAAAUCUACCAUGGUAAACACCCUCUAAAAAAGUCAACCACAGAAAUUUUAAAGGAAACCCAGGAGAAAGUUUAUGGACUGCCAUAUGUACCCAAUACAGCUUGGCAGCUGCGAUUCAGUCACCUUGUUGGUUACGGUGCCAAAUACUACUCCUACCUCAUGUCCAGGGCUGUUGCCUCCAUGGUGUGGAAACAGUGUUUUGCUCAGAACCCGUUUGAUAGGGCAAUGGGGGAGCGCUAUCGCAGAGAGAUGCUGGCACACGGUGGUGGAAAGGAGCCCAUGCUGAUGGUGCAAGGUAUGCUUCAGAAAUCCCCAUCAGUUGAAGAUUUUGUGGAUGCCCUUGUUUCAGACUUAGACCAUGACUUUGAAACAUUUAUCAUGGAUUCAUAACAACAGAAUGAAUUUCUUUUAUGGAACAUUGCGUAUGUCUUCAUAAUUGUGGAUAAAAUAUUGUUAUGACUGGUUUUGCUUUUAGAGUUUGACUGUUCAUGUUGGUGGAACGGUAAUAAAUACUUUCAUUGGAUCAUGU